UUGCUAUAUUGUAAUAUUUUUUCCCCAUUUAAGUUGCUACUAAUAUAAUUUAUAAUGUCAGCAACACCAGAACAAUCAGAUGAGAUAAAAGAAUCGGUUUUGAAUCCAACUUUUCAUGAUAUACAAGUUAAAAAGGUUGAAAUCUGCACGCCAGAAACUGCAACUGUUAAGUUUCAAGAACAACAUUUUCCAAUCGAGGAAUAUGAAACACAUGAAGUUGCUAAAGAAGAAUUUGUUUCAUAUCGCACCAAAGCUGCAAAGAGCCCAUGCUUGAAACCCUUAAAGGAAAGUGCUGAAGAAAAUAGAUUAGUGUCUCGUUCCAACAGUCAAAAUGUUGCCGUAGUAACCGUACCCCCUGACCCACAAUUACUCGCUUCUUGUCAAAGUCGUCGCGGCCAAAGACCCCUACUAGAGGGGGGCGCGGAGCGACGUCUGCGACUCCAGGAGCUGCAUCAACGAAAACAAGAAAUUAUUGAUUCGCUUGCUCAACAAACUGGCCACCGAAGGCGAUCUGGAGUUCGUAGGCAAGAGCGGAAUGCUCCUCGUUAUUUCGAGGUCUCACCAGGUGUGUUCAUUACUGAGCGACCUGAAUCCAGACUACAGGCAGCAAACUCUGCACAAAGUCGAACAUACGGGGAAUAUAGAUCUUCCACAUCACCGAACAAGGCACGAGUAUGGAAUCGAUCCGCAAGCAGUCGAGCCAUCAGUAGUAACUCGUCUCGAUGGAAAACUGAACAACUUCCACAAGCAAAGACAAACCAUUUUGUGAAGAUGCCGUUUAAACAAGUACCUGCUCUUACAAUGGAUGCUAAUUAUAAAAUCAAUGAUGAGAUGGUUUAUCCUGGUGAAGAGAUGAGAGCUAUGACAGCAUUUACGGUAUCAAGAAUACGACACGCGUUCAGAAGGAUGCCUGACCCACCGAGGCUCGAUUCACGGCAAGGAAGAUUAUUAAAAGCAAAGUUGAAGCCGUUACGCCCUGUGGCUUUAAAAGGUCCUGAUGUCAAUAGUUGUCAAGGUAUUCAACCAGAAUACAGAAGAAAACAAGGAUAUUCUCUGAGCCCAAGUCGGCAGAGGCAUUUAAAGGAACAGUAUUUAGAGGUGUGCAAGAUGCAUGAGGGAAAUACCCUAGAGGAGGAAUACGAAAAGCGCUUAAACUCCACAACUCCAGAUCAUUCUAUUCACCCGACCUCCCCAGAACCUGAAACAAACUUGGGGUUUUCGAACGAAAUUCUUGCCAAUAUUCAACCAGAUUUUCUUAGCACUAGUGAAAAUGUGUCGAGUCACAAUGCUGCUUAUGAUGACUAUGCAAGACAGGAUCGCAUCACAAUGGAGAGGCAGUUCAGCACCAUGCAUCUCGAAUCAAGCGUCAUUUUUUAGGAAAUUUAAAUUUUUAAAUCAAUUUACUGUGAAUUUAUUUAAUAACGAAUUUUGUUUACAUAUAUAGUAGGUUGGGGUAAGAUGGUACAUGUUUUUAUUCUAUUUUAUCUUCCCAUUUAAGAGUAAAAAAAAACAUUUCUUGAUGUAUGUAUUACUAUAUCCUCGAAAAACGUUUUUAAUUGGUAGGCUAAUAACACUAUCAAGAAAGAUGGUAUAAUAAAUGCAAACAGCAUCAUCUUACCCCGUCUUUCUAUACUGAUUCUGUUUUCUAUAAGCCAUAUAUUUGUUCAAUGUUCUUUUUAAUCACUGUGACAAUAUUUAUGAAUGAUUGGGACUUAUUUAUUCCCACGUCGCUGGACAAUGACGGUCGUUAUAACAAUUGUGUUCUGUUUUACACCUCCUGCACAUGGAAUAGUUAUCACAUAUGUAAUUUUGGGUGAUCAUUUCUUUUUAUAUGUUUUUAAGAACAACCCAUCAGUAUAAUCAAUAGGUUGGAACAAUGUCCGUUAAGUCUUUCCCCAAAUUAUUCCUAUACAUCAAAUAAAGCAUUUUAAUGUAAACCGUUUAAGUUUUUAUCUGAAAUAAAAAUUUACAACAUCAAA